AGGAGAUCAGGGAACAUGAACCAGCAGCUGUGGGCAAUACAAGCUCUUCAGAUGACAUGUCGCCAGCACCUGGAGCAGAAAUGGAAUCAUUGAUAAUGGAGCCAGAUAAAUCGGGGUGUAAAGAUUCGGGAGAGAAGGACAACAUGGUGGAAAAUCCCAGCGAAACUGCCAUUGAGGCUGCAGUCAUCCAGUCUGAUUCGCCACAAGAUUCGGGUAACCCCAAGGAUGGAAAAUUGCCCCAGCCAGAAAAAGAAUCGGCCGGAGAGAGUAAAAUGUCCUCUUCAGAAGUGGUUGAAACUUCACCAUCCAUUAAAAUGAACUCACAAUGUGCAGAAGACAACCACACUUCUAACAACAACAAAGAGUUGGAGACUGAAUUCCUGCGUCUGUCUCUGGGGUUCAAGUGUGACAUUUUCACUCUGGAUAAACGCCUGCGUUUGGAGGAAAGAUCUCGCGAUUUGGCGGAGGAGAAUCUGAGGAAGGAGCUUGCCAGCUGUAAAAAGCUCCUGGAGGCCUUGAUUCCACUGUGCGAGGACGAUAACCAGACAAAUGAGAUUGUCAAGAAGCUGGAGAAGAGUUUGCAAUUUCUGAGUCAGCACACGGCACGUGUGGCCAGCCGAGCAGAGAUGUUGGGGGCCAUUCACCAGGAAAGUCGGGUUAGUAAAGCGGUAGAGGUGAUGAUUCAGCAUGUUGAAAACCUAAAACGCAUGUAUGCCACGGAACACGCUGAACUGGAGGAGCUCCGGGAGGCCAUGCAACAGAGCGACCGCAGCAGCUGUACUACAGACAGAGAUGAUUCCUUAAAGUUAGCAUCAUCGCUUGCUAGUAAGGUCUCCCCUGCCAGGAGGGUCAGUAUGCCAGCAUACACAAGAGGAAUUGGCACCACCUCUGCCAUGGACAUCUUUGGAGGAGACAAGCUGGAUAACAAGAUGCACAGGAGAUCAAACAGCUGGAAGUUGGUGGGUUCCCGACAGAACGACGGUCGCCCCACUCUGCAGAGGUUUAUGGAUAAUUAUACACGCCCAGAGCAAGCGGAGGAGAAUUCGAUUAAAGAGGAUGAGCCCAACACUGAAUUAGUGGAAGAAAUAAAAGAAGAGAGAGUCCGGAAAUUCAGCUUAAAAACGCCAUGCCCCACCAAGCCUGAAUCCAAAUACAGCCGCGUUUGGUCCUGGACGUCUAACAUGAGGCAAUCGAUAACCAACAUCAACAAACCACUGGUGAUCUGUAUUGUAGCUGCAUUUUUUAUUUGUGACACUUGCUGGUUUCCUGACAGGCCUGUCCUUCCACAGACCGGUAGAAGGAGCCCCUGUUGGUCCUGGUGUCUCGUGGACUUCCAUCCAGCAGUUACUGUGGCCAUACACCGGGCUCCGGCACAAUGGGCCCCCUCCAGUAUG